GAGCGCGCUGCUGGCGUGUAUAAUGUACUCGCGGACCACCCUCACCACCAUGGCGCCUCACGGCCUGUCUACAAGCGCGCGCGCCCGCUGCGAGAGGGCGAAGAACGGGCGAUCCGCAGGGCCAACCUGACCCUGAGGCAGCGUUGGUACGAGGCGGUCGAGUUGGCGCUUGCUUACUCGCGCUGCAAGCCCGCGCUCUUCAGCUGGCUCGAGCGCGCGCAGGCCAGGCUCGACGUCUACGGACCGGACGGUGUGGCGCGCCAGCGCGACCGCGACGAGUUUGAGGCCGACUUUGCCACCUGA